UGUUGCAACAAAGGAGGAGAGCAGCAUUUUUCUCUCCGUGGAUCGCGUUCACAUUACGCCGCCUGUAUAAAACUGUGCCAGAAUGAAAGUGAUCUUCAGACUGUACGGUCAAAACGGUUCCCAUCAAAAGUCAGCCCAUCUUGAGCAUAUCAUCGCUGUUGUUGCACCAUCUGCGGUUGAAACAACAGUAGUUUAUCAGGAUGAUUGUCUUCUUACUGUUUUUCGGAGGCGAUAGAUUUCUUCAGUGGAUUUGGGACCUCAUAUAUGCGGAACGUCGUUUGCUCCUCAUGUCACCCCACUUUAGCGUGUGUGCGGCUUUCGGCAUUCACCUCAUCCUCUCUGCUCCUUUCAUGCUUCUGGAUGUCUUCAGUCCACAUGUGGGAUGGCUCCAAAAGUACAGGUUACACCGUGAAGUCGUUGGCUUGCAUCAGUGGUUUCGAUGUGCUAUCCGAAUUUUCUGGAAAUACAUCAUUGGCAUUUUACCAUUUACUGCGCUGGUUCUGUCGUUACGGAGCACGCAUUUGCCAGAGAGAGCGCCGUCCUCUUUCCAUGCUUUCAAGGAAUGCGUCUCAUGCAUGCUCGUCUUCGAUACGCUCUUCUUCAUCUGUCAUUACUCCAUUCACAAAAUUCCCUGGCUAUACCACAACAUCCACCGCAUUCACCAUCAGAACAGGGACACUUUUGCCCUGGCAGCUCAGGACUCCAGUAUUUCUGAACUGCUGACUCUACAAUCCCUUGCAUUUACAAGCGCCAUGCUUGUGGGCUGUCACCCUUUUAGUGAAAUCCUUUUCCAUCUGGUUAACACCUGGAUGGCUGUGGAGGACCACUGUGGAUAUGAAUUUCCUUGGGCACUGCAUAGGUUGUUGCCAUGCUUUGGCGGGGCUCCACACCACCUGGCCCAUCAUCAGCACUUUAAAGGGAACUUCGCUCCUUACUUCAAACACUGGGAUUACAUCUUCGGGACCUCAUUGCCUAAUUCAGCAAAUGAGUGAGACAGUAGAUAGUGUGAAUCCAGGUUAAUUAUUAUUUGACAGUGAGAAUGAGACAGUUAGAUGUAUAUGAAGUACCUAUUGUAUCUGAUUUCACCCUAUAUGACCUGACAUAUGUGACCCAGGUCCACAAAACCAGUCUUAAGUGUAUAUUUUUAGAAAUUGAGAUGUGAAAGCUGAAUAAAUAAACUUUCCAUUGAUGUAUGGUUUAUUAGGAUUGGACAAUAUUUGGCUGAGAUACAGCUAUUUGAAAAUCUGGAAUAUGAGGGUGUAAAAAAAAAAAUCCUAAUACUGAGAAAAUGUCUUUGAAGUUGUCCAGAUUAAUUCUUAGUUAUGCAUAUUACUAAUCAAAAAUUAAGUUUUGAUAUAUUGAUGGUAGGAAAUUUACAAAAUAUCUUCAUGGAACAUGAUCUUUACCUAAUAUCCUAAUGAUUUUUUGCAUAAAAGAAAUAUAAUUUUGACCCAUAUGUUUUUGUUGUUGUUGUUGUUGUUUUUUUUUGUUGUUUUUUUUUUUGUCUACUGCAAAAAAAUAUACCCCAGCAACUUAAGACUGGUUUUGUGGUCCAGGGUCACAUAUAACAACCCUGUUUUUGCUUUUCUUCUUACCAAAUUUAAGCCAUUACAUCAAGUUAAUUCUGUUUAUAAUAAUCAGAACGCUUCGAUUCUCGGCCUGAUUUUGUACUCAGCUUAAACUGCGAAGAUGUCUUACAGUAUGUUGACUCUUUCAUGUUAUUUAUUUAUCAAGUGUUUUUAGUUAUUUUGUUGGGGGUUGAUAACAUACAUUAAAACAUAUCUCUUUUACAAAUGUUUCUGUAUACAAAUAUAAUUAUUACAGCUGGUAAAUUUCUAUUUUCCUUAAAAAUAUAUAUAUUUUAACUGCUAGUGUUUUAACUUAAAUGCUGUAUUUUACAAUAUGAGACAAUAAAAUGUUUU